AUGUCAUCGUCGGAUGUUUUUGACGUUCUUAAUAUUAAACAAAAAUCAAAAAGCCCUGACAAUGAACCAUCAACACCAUCGACACAUAAUAAUGUGUUGUUAACGGCAACCCGAACACCCAAACUUCAAAUAACAGGGAUGCAGAGAGAGUUGUAUAAUCUACUUGGUGAAAAUCAACCUCCAAUAGUGGUACAAAGUACUAGUCAAUUCAAAGAAAAGCGUGCCAUAUCUAAUACAAAGUCUACACCGUGGGUUCAAUCGAAUUUUAAACCACUCCAGGAAAAGAAAUUAAUUCUAAAGCAUUGGACCCGAGGUCCUAAAGAAGCUUCCACUGCUGAACCUGAAGAAUCCAAGUUUGCUAAAUUCAACACUCACCUUUCCAUUCCAUCUUUUACCCGGGAAGAAUAUGCAUCGUUUAUGAAUUUGAAAGACAAUAAUGAAAGUGCCGACGCUAGUUCAACAUGGGCUUUUGAAGAGGUAAUAUAUUUGUUUGAUUUAUGUAAACUAUAUGACAUCCGUUGGUUUAUUAUCAAUGAUAGAUAUUUGUUUGUCGAUUCCAAUGGGAAGAGGUCGGAUAGAUCAGUGGAAGAUCUGAAAGAAAUGUUUUAUAAAGUUAGUAAAAACUAUUUUAUUUUCAAAACUCCUAAGGAACCACUUAUUGGGACUUUAAACUUUGAUAAGGAAAAGGAAUUAGAAAGAAAGAAAUACUUAAAGAGAUUACUCUCACGCUCUGCCGCAGAAAUUGCUGAAGAAGAAGCAUUAAUCAUUGAGUCGAAGAAAUUCGAAAUGGCUGCCAAGAAAACUUUAAGUGAAAGAGAAUCCAUUUUAAGAUUACUUGAUUCACCAAUUUCGGAUCAAAACGUUUCAGAAUACUUGUCUUCUCAAGGAAUCGCUCAACUGUAUAAUAAUUUGGUCAACGAUAAGUCAAAAAAACGAAAGUAUGAAGGCCCGUUACCAGAAAAUCCAUGGAUGAAACAACAACAACAAUUUGCGCAACAAAGACAGCAAUUACAGCAAAUAACCGAAAAUGGUAAAAAAGUUGAUAACAAGGACCUACCAAGUAAAGUUGGCGUCGAAGGAAAUAAUACAAUAGGCAAUUCAUCUCCAAGGAAGAUCAAGAAACAAAAACAAGAAAUACAGACAACCAUAAAAAGAAAAGCAGAUGCGGCAUAUGCGGAACAUUUGUUGCAAAAUUUCAAUGAAGAGGAAAGGAAAUCAUUAGGUGUGACAGCCCAUGGUGAAAAAUUGGCACCAGGUGUUUAUUUAAGAUCUACAAAAAUACCAACGUUUAAGCCUGCUCUACAGAAUAAAGUCGAAACAAUCUUGCAGGAAAUUGGACUGCCCGUUAGGCCAGCUAUGCCAUCUUUCGAGGUUGUUCAAAAAUAUGAGGUAUUAAUAAAAAAAUUAUAA